AUGCAAACCUCCGAUGCCUCCAGCCUGCCGAGUCGUUUGAUCCCUUCCAAGUUUUCUCACCUCAACACGGACAACACGGGCUUUUCCCACGGAGCAUACAACUCCAACAACGCCCCUCUGCAGGGCCUACCGGAUCGGAGCGCUCGUCGUGCCAACAUUCCUGCCAUUAACACCACCGCCGGCCACCAUACCCCUGACGCCAUGGCGACCUCCGGCACCGCGUUUGAUAUGAACUUCACCCCUCUCCUUCCGUCCCAGCUCCUCCUCGGCAGUCCUUUCCAGCCUGGAACCCCCUCGGCCUUUGCUUCGCCUCAAUUCGCUAAUUUCGGGGGAUUCUCUCAGGCCAAUGGCCCCGCUCAUGCACAGAAUCCGCAGAAUCACCUGGGCAGUCCGACCCAACCCUCGCAGAACGCCGGUCUCUACUCGGGGAUGAUGUCCGCGGACGGGAUGGGGAACUCCCAAAUGCUCGCGGGCCCUCAAUCCCCCGUGGGUGGCAUGGGCGGUCUCGGCAACGCGGCGUUCGGCAGUCCGGCCGCUUCGGUGACCCCUGGUCUCCUGUCAGGUACGAGCCGCACCGUGUACCUUGGAAACAUCCCCGCGGAGACCUCCGCCGAAGAGAUCCUGAACCAUGUUCGCAGCGGACAGAUUGAAUCUGUUCGGUUGCUGCCUGACAAGAACUGUGCCUUCAUUUCGUUCCUGGAUAGCAAUUCCGCGACCCACUUCCAUUCCGACGCCAUCCUCAAGAAGCUCGCCAUCAAGGGAAAUGACAUCAAGGUUGGCUGGGGCAAACCGUCCCAGGUUCCCACCUCCGUUGCCUUGUCGGUGCAGCAAUCGGGCGCGUCGCGGAAUGUCUACCUGGGAAAUUUGCCCGAAGAGAUGUCGGAGGACGAGUUGCGCGAGGAGCUUGGCAAGUUUGGCCCCAUCGACACCGUAAAGGUCGUCAAGGAGAAGGCCAUUGGCUUUGUGCACUUCCUGUCCAUCAGCAACGCGAUGAAGGCGGUGUCUCAACUUCCCCAGGAGGCCAAAUGGCAAGCUCCGAAGCGCGUUUUCUAUGGAAAGGACCGAUGUGCGUACGUUUCCAAGACGCAGCAGCAGAACGCGGCUCAAUUCUUGGGAAUCGCACCGGGAUACGCGCACAUCCUCAACUCCGCGGAUCGUGAUCUGAUCACCAACGCACUGGCUCAGCAGUCCGUUGCAGCCGCAGCCGUGGCCACUACGGCUGGCGGUGUCAACAACCUCGGCAAUCGCACCAUCUACCUAGGCAACAUCCACCCCGAAACUACCAUCGAGGAGAUUUGCAACGUGGUGCGUGGUGGUCUUCUACAUCACAUUCGCUACAUCCCUGACAAGCACAUUUGCUUUGUUACGUUCAUCGACCCCACUUCGGCCGCCUCGUUCUAUGCGUUGAGUAACCUGCAGGGCUUGAUGAUCCACAACCGCCGCCUGAAGAUUGGUUGGGGCAAGCACUCCGGCCCUCUCCCCCCGGCAAUCGCUCUGGCUGUCAGCGGCGGUGCCUCGCGUAAUGUCUACGUGGGCAAUCUGGACGAGUCCUGGCCUGAGGAGCGCCUCCGUCAGGACUUUUCCGAAUACGGCGAGAUUGAGCUGGUCAACACGCUGCGCGAAAAGAGCUGUGCAUUCGUGAACUUCACCAACAUCGCUAAUGCCAUCAAGGCCAUCGAGGGUAUGCGCAACCGGGAGGAGUACCGACGCUUCAAGAUCAACUUCGGCAAAGAUCGCUGUGGCAACCCGCCCCGACAGACGGGCAAUGGCGGCCAACAGGGCCGGAACGGCUCGGGACUCGAAGGACCGCAGUCGCCGUCGCCCGCUCUCAACGGCUUCCAGCAGAACCUGAGCCAGUCUGGAUCUCAGUCCAGUCCGUCCCGUUCCGCUUUGUCCCCCGCGCCCGGCUCUACGGGAUCCCAGAACGGCCAGCAGAACCGACACCCCCUCCAGACGGUGUCCUCGCCAUCGGGGGUGUUGAACGUCGGAGCGAACAACCCACUUACUAUGUACCUCAAUCAGAUGUCGGCGCAGCAAGCUCAGGAACAGGAGAACCGCCUGAGUGACCCCAUCGCCCUGGCCGCGUUGCAGUCUCAACAUCAACCACCCCAGCAGCAGCCCAUGUACAACGGUGGCACCGGUGAACUAAGCAACGGCAACAUUGAACCCCCUCUACAUCAGCACAAGCCGUCCAGCAAUGGCUUUUUGAACGUCACCAACGGUUCGACGGGGCCGGGUCAUCACGCCACCGCUAGCACCAGCAGCCUGAAUGUUCCUCGAGCGCAGCACUCGCGUGCCGUCAGUUUGCCGUCAUUCUCGCAGGAGCCAUUCGGACCUGUGUCCAGCCAACCCCAUGGCGGUCGCUCGGGCGUUGCCCAUCAGCCGCAGAGCAGCUUCUCCAGCUUCACUUCUGCCCUUGGAGGGUUGAACCAUGCCGGCUUCGGAUUGGCCAUUCAGAAUGAGAAUUCGCUGCCAGGCUGGGCCGAAGAAGAAAUCGGAGCCAAAUAA